GGGGAAAGGUUCCUUCAGGUGCACUGAUAAAUGUUUUUUCCCUGAUACUAUAAUAUUCGAACAGUUUGCAACCUAUUUCGGUAUUUCUGAAGCAAUUUAGACUAUAGUAAUUUCGUCGCUGUUUGUUAAAAGACAAAAAUGAACGUGACUGUGUGGCAACAAGUGCUGGGACAAGAUGCCCGCUACAGUGCUUAUAGAACUCCAUCGGAUCCCCAGUUCCGCACUCAGUAUUUACGAAGACGUAGUCAACUUCUCAGAGAAAAUGCAAAGAAGCAAGUACCUGGUGAUCCAAAUGCCCGAAAACAAUAUCUCAAAAUCCGAUCAAAGCUUUUGGCUCAGAAGUAUGGUCCAGUAUCCGAAGCAAGCAGUCUACGAAGUGCGAGUAUACGUGGAAGCAUUACUACAUUAGACAGAAUUGACAGUUCAACUGAAGAUAAGAAUGAGAUCAACUCGAGAAUAAAUCCUGAAAAGUCGAGUAUAGUUGUCCCCACACAACAGGCAGAAGCAAGCAGGGCUUUGGUUGGUGGUAAAAGUAUUGCUGAAAAUUAUGCAUUUGCUGGAGUUCACCAUAUAUUUGACUGUCACCUUGGAUCACCAGUUACCACAAUCAAAUUUGCAAACGACGAUAAAAACAGGAUUGCAUUUGCAUCUGCUGAUGGAAUGUUGAGUGUGUGCCAUCUACAACCGAAACCAGAAGUUGAAGUCACUUUAAAAGGUCAUACUUCUGAAAUAACAGAUUUUGCCUGGUCCCUUUCUAAUGACUUGAUUGUCACAGCAUCAAAAGACACAACAUUGAGAUUAUGGGAUACUUCUUCCGGUCGAUGUAUUCGAGUUGUAGCAGAAAUUCGAACUGCACCAAUUAACUGUUGUGCUUUUCAACCCAUGAAUAAUAAUCUAGUGGUAGCUGGAGAUGGGACAUGCCUCGUUAAUGUAUAUAACAUUUCAACGGGAAAAGUUACAAAGGGAGGAACUGGGAAACUAGGUGCUCCAGUGAUUAGUAUCGCAUUCGAUUCAACAGGAAACAUUUUAUGGGCGGGUGAUAGUCGGGGAACAUUGCAUUCAUUCACAUUUGACCUUGCUACAAGUAGAUUGCGCAAAGGUCACAAAGUGAGUCUGCGAGCAGAAACCCCGAUUACAAGUAUCCAAGCAAGAUCAUGGAUCAGCAGAGAAGCAAGAGAUCCAUCUGUACUUGUGAAUAUAGCUGUAAACACAUUGUGUCUAUUCAGGGUCACUGAUAACAAGGGAUUAGUCCAGCUAAGAAAAACUUUUACCAUUAGGCAUAGAAAUCACAGAAUCCGUAGUGUUUUCUGUCCUCUCAUGUCAUUCCGCCAGGGAGCUUGUGUUAUAACUGGCAAUGAAGAUAUGACAGUCUGCUUCUUUGAUGUGGAGAAGUCAACAAAAUCUUGCGUCAAUCGACUACAAGGACAUUCUGCUCCUGUUUUAGAUGUUUCAUUUAAUUAUGAUGAAAGCCUUCUUGCCUCAUGUGAUGCAGAAGGUUUAGUAAUCAUAUGGAGACGAGAGCUGUAAUGGAAUACCAAGAUUUUUAUAUCCGGCCCUGAUUGUUUUUACUAGGCAGCACCAUCAGUUCAAACAUUUCAUUCAAACUUUUGUUAGCUUUUUCUUUUGCACUAUGCACUCAAGAUAUUAUGCAGUAUUUAAUUAUAUUAUAUGAACAAUCGGAAUGAAUUGUUUUUGGGACCUGUGAUUUAUUUCUGCUAAAUGAAUUUCCCCACUUAUAAAUGUACUGGUAUUGGGCUAUCAGUGAAAAUACAUAAGAAAAUUGA